AUUUUGUCGUAAUUUUUAGACUAUGGCAAGAGGUGCAGGCGUGAUUCGUGUUUUACUGAUAAUAUUUGUUUUGGGAUUAUCAUGGUACACGAUACAACUGUAUGCAAAUUUACUGGGAUUUACAAAAUCCUCAGACGUAGAAGAAAAAAAGGAAGAACCAAUUAAAAAGGAGGUUCAAAUUGCCGAUAAGAAAGUAGAAGACCCAGAUUUGUUGAUUGAUAAUGCAAUUAUAAAAGCAGCGGAAGAGCAAUGGGAUGAUACCGAAAAAAAAGUUCAAGUGCCUAAGGAAUUAACACAAUUUAAAUGUGAAAUGACAACAGGAUGUUCAGAUUCAGAGUUCACUUUUCGCAUUGCUACUGGUGCUGCCAAUGUCAUCGGCCCUUCAAUUUGUUUUAAUGGAAAAUGGGUAAUGAAAAAUGCUUUGAACAAUGUUGACAGGGGAAUGAAUAUUGCUGUCGUUAACGGAAAAAAUGGGGAGACUAUAAGGCAAGGAGUAUUUGACUUAUAUGGUAAAGAUAGCACUGAAGUAAAGGAAUUUGUUAAAAAGGUUGAAGAAGAUGAACUAGUUCUUAUAACCACAUAUGAUGAUGCAGCAUUUAAGCUUGACGAUGAAGCAAGGGGAUUAUUUAAGGAUCUCGGAAGCGAAAAAGCUAAUACACUUGCCUUUAGAGACAACUGGGUAUUUGUAGGAGGCAAAAAACUAAAACAUCCAUCUGAUUUCGAACAAAUUAUGGUGAAUGAUAAAAAUAAAAACAAAUUUGGUGAUUGGCCUGAAGCAAUAUCACUUGAAGGCUGUAUACCCAAGUUAUAAAACCGAAAUAAAGUAUAAUGUAAUACAAAUUAUUAUAAAAUAAUCAUAGUAAGUCACCAAAUAUAUCUAAAUGUUUCCUGACACAACAAUCAUUCAUUACAACUCUCUGACAAAGGAAAAUCGCUCACUGAAGAAGACAAUAUUGGAGAGAGUAUUGUAAUGUGAAGAAAAGCCUAAUAAAAUUUGGAUGUGUUCUACUGCAGAGAUAAUUUCAUGUAGGCCUAUUACCCUUAUAAGUUCGCAGUGUUUAUUUUCAUGGAGAACCAAAUUUCUUUGUUGUAAUAUUGUUUGGAAUUCAAAAAUUAUCUUAUAAGUUGUAACAAUUAGCAAAAACUGUAAUCUUAUUUUUUAAAUUUUGUGUCCUCCACUUUUGACCUGUAAACUCAUUUUUAUCAAUUUCAGUUUCUGUCAUUAUCUAAAAUAUGAUGUGAUACGACUGGCACUGAACGGUUGUUUAUCCUUUCCUAGUGGAAGUGAACUUUUAUUUUUAUAUCUGAUUAUUAAUAACCAACUGUACAAUUUUAUUCUUGUUGUUUCUAUUAUAUUACCAUAAUUAUUUUCGCUUGAAGUAAAACUACAAUUGAACCUGUUAUUUAUUCGUGUUUGCUGAACGACGUGAUAAUCCAGAUCUCAAUAACUGUCUGCAUUAUUUUGUGGGAUACUUGUUGUAAUCCCUACUGCAGUUAAUGUCUGGAGUUUGAAGCAAUUUCAAAAUGUUACAUUUCGUGAAUAUCUUUAGCUAGUUGCUGAAAUCAAUUAUAUGCGGGAGUAAUCCAAACAAUUUAAUUUUUUUAAUCUUGUAUUCAAUUUCUCAGUGAUAUUCACUGCAAUAUUUUUUUAUCUCUGUGGCAGUCUUUAUGACAAAAUAAUAUUAUAUUGUGCUGUAGUAGAGGUACAAGUAGAUUUCCAUUGCGAUAGAUUUGAUUAAUUUGGAACCUUAUUAAUCAAUCUGGUCUUCUGUAAAAUGUGAAUGUAUUCAUGAUUCGAUUGUACAAGUACCGGUAACUGUUUUCAUUCAAAAUUCUUUUUAAUAUGAGCUCUUUCGAUUAAAUUUAUUAUAAAUAUUAUUAUUAUUUUUUUGUUCAUAUGUGUAAAUUUCCUGAUAAGUAUAUAUAUAUAUCUACAUUUAAACCUUUUGCCUGGCAAGUUAGUAAAGCAGAAUUCUGAAUGUGAUAAUUUUGUUUAUUUCAAAUUGAUACAUAUAUGUAGUCUGGUUCAUUCAACAUCCAGGGAUGUCAGAGAUUGAUACUGUCAAAAAAAUUUAAGAUUUUAAUAACGUUGAUGACAGUUCAUUUUUCCAUGGAAUUUGUAAAAUAAUGUUUUUCAAAGUUUGAAAUAAAGGAAGUUCCUGAAAGACAAAAUUUGGGGAUAUCAAACCAUUCAGAUGAGAUCCUUGUUUCUUACUAUGCUCUUAGUUCAGUUUCAUAGAUUACAUUUUUCCACUGUUGCUUUUCACUACUAUUUGUAUACCUGUGCUUUCAAUGUACCUGUCUGUACCUUUGUUUCAAUCAAAGGAAAUCGUAACUUUUUUACCUUUGUAUUGUCGUUUUCAAUUUCUAUUGCAUCAUUUCAGCUUUCCAUAUUUACUUUUAUUGAGAUGUAUGCAUUUUAUUUAUCUUAGUUUAUCUGCUGCUAUUUACGACAAUAUCUCAAUAAUGUAAACUGCAGGUUUAGAAUAUGGAAGUGAUAAAAUGUAGUUCGGAAGUUUACUAAAAUGAUUGCAAUAGAAAUACUUUUUUCCAGUGAUCAAAAUUGACAGCCAUGACAGGGGAUGACUGAAGCCAAACAAUUUAGUAUUCCAAUUUUUGUGGAAAAAUAAUUUUGAAUAUGGAAUUGAAAAUGCAGUUCUAGAUUGGUUUUCUUUUUUUUUCAUUAUAUUCAAAAUUAUAAUUGUCCCCCAUUUGGUGAAUUUACUGGUAAAUGUUUAUAUUUUAGUUGUUUAGAACAUCCAUGGCUAAUAUUGUUCAUUGAUUAUACCCAAUAUUCUUUGAUAUAAUUUAGCUUGUUUCGAUUUUAUUAGCUUACAAUAUGCAGUUAACAUUUUAUUAUGUUUAUUUUGACAAAAUGUUAGGAUACAAAAUUGUUGUUAUUUUUUCUACCCAUAUUAGGGCGUGAGAAGUCUAACUGAUUAAAUAAUUAUCUCGCUAGUCACUUUGACUUGUCUUAUUUAUUCGAACAUUAAUUUUCUCACUGAGUGUGGCUUUUGCUGAAAUUAACUUCUAAAAGUUUGGCAUUCAUGGUGUCGUAUUUGACUGGUGUGUUAUUUUUCUCAAGCCCAAUACUGACAACUCGAUUGUAUCCUGUAGUAAAUGUACCUUAUUAUACUUAGUAAUUUUAUUACCUUUACUGUUUUCUUUGGAGCAUGUAAACAAAAUUUAAACUUUUUAUUUAUAUCAGA